AUGCCAACACCAACAUCUCACCCCAGUGCUGGCACUGGCGGACUGAAUCUCACGAAGACAGUUCAGGAAAGAAACACCUCCCCUCCAAAGAUCGAUUUUUUUGUUUCUUCAUACUGCGGUGGCGAUCUAGUAAAGUACCCUCAGCAGCAUUCGGAUCACUCCGGCUUCGUCCUUCCAGGAUCGUAUCUCAAUUUCGACUUUCCUUCAGCGGCGGCAAUCCUUUGUUCCCCCGCACACUCGACUUCGUCCAGACAGGAUCGUAUCUCAGAUUUUUCCCUUCACCAGCGGCAGCGAUCUAGUAAAAAUUCCUCUCUCUUCUCUUUAACUUCCCUUCUCCUCCGCAUCAGCAAUCGCUGA